AUGCCGAUGUUUGAAAUCGAGCUUCAUCGUCCGGGUCAUAGUCACGGGCCCAUACACAUCCAGCACUCCAACUCUCGGAGCCCCAACUCUCAGCACUCUUGCUCUCAGAGCUCCAACCCUCAAAAGGCCAGCUCCGAACACUCGCGCUAUGUCCAAAUGCUCCUCCAUCAAGACGAUAUACCCCUGCUACACAACAUUCUCGCCGCUGUAUUCGUCUGGCUCCUGCUGGCGGGCUUCCUCGUCUUCCCCGGAACGUUUACCAGCCUCCAGAAAUCCGUCGAAGGCCAUGACGCCGAGACACUAAGCGACCAAGCCGCCAGGCUCAUCGUAAAGAGCAUCAAAAACAUCCCACUGCUGGUCAUUGCCGCGAUAAUGUGCGGCAUAUCCGCUUCUGGCAUGCUGUAUCUCGCCUUCGCGCACGCUAAAAACUACGUCUGGCUCGUGAACAAGCUGUUUAUGCCGGGCAUGACCAACUCUCUGGCUGGCUUGGUGUCGACUCUCAUUGGCGUGUACUCUCAGCAACACGGCGCCUGGAGCAUCACCGCCAAGAUCACCGCCAUGGUAGAGGGGGCCUCGCUUUGCAUCAAAGCCAAGCAUGGGGAGCAUUAUAGUGGUUGGCCCGGCCAGCAACGGUAUUCAAAGCAACUGUUCCCUGAUAAAGCAUAG